UAUAAAAUAGUCCACUUAAAAAGAGUGAUCAUAACAGACCCCCUCAAAAUAGUCUGAUCCUUUUAUCUCAUUUGGCCACAAUUAAAACAAACUUUGCCGUACAACUUGCUUAUUCCUUUGCAUUAAAAAAAAGCAUAUGGCUUUGCUAUAAAAAUGAUGACUGGAAAACACUGACCCAUUAAUAGCCUGCGGACUGAUUUAUUCUUUAUUGUUCUGCUGCCCGGGCACGUGACACCCGGCAGCCAAUGGGCUGACAGGCAGCCUUCAACUUAUUAGGUGACUGUACUACUUCGCAAGGACCAAGUUGUUACAUGAAAUCCGCAGUUUCAUAAUUUCGCCAGGGCUCGCCUCUCCUUUGGCUCGGCUGGGGCGGCGAUGUCUUCGUCGGGGGCGCUCAGCAACUACUACGUGGACUCCUUCCUCCUCCACGAGACCGAGGAGCUGGUGCAGUCGCGCUACGCCUCGGCGCCGCUGGGCCAGCCGGCCAGGCAGGCGACCCUCGGCGAGCACCCCGAGUUCACCCCCUGCAGCUUCCAGUCGAAGGCGUCCGUCUUCAGCACUUCCUGGAACGCCGUGCACCCGCCGAGCGCCAACAAUGUGCCGGCCGUCUACCACCCGUACGUGCAUCACCAGCCACCCGACGGCAGGUACAUGCGUUCGUGGCUGGAGCCGAUGCCGGCCUCCUUGUCUUUCCCCGGCUUGCCGGCCAGCAGGCAUUACGGCAUUAAACCUGAACCGCUCACGGCCAGGAGGGGUGACUGUACCACCUUUGACACGCACGCACUCUCUCUGACUGAUUAUGCUUGUGGUUCUCCUCCAGCUGAUAGGGAUAAGCCAGCCAACGACGGGGCGUUCUCGGAAAACAAUGGCGAGAGCGAGGCAAACGGAGACAAACCCCAGCUGGAUCCAAAUAACCCAGCGGCAAACUGGUUGCAUGCGAGGUCCACCAGGAAGAAGCGGUGUCCUUACACCAAACAUCAGACGCUGGAGUUGGAGAAGGAGUUUCUGUUCAACAUGUAUCUCACCAGGGACCGACGAUAUGAAGUAGCCAGGCUCCUGAAUUUAACCGAGAGACAAGUGAAAAUCUGGUUUCAGAAUCGUAGGAUGAAAAUGAAGAAAAUUAACAAAGACCGAGCGAAGGACGAAUGAUGCUGGGAGGCAGGUUUAAUGGUGUGUCAAAACAGCGAAAUCCGCCCUCCCCCCCACCGCGGUCCUUCAACGCCACACAACGCAGUUCCCCUCCCCCACACCCUGAAACUGUGUCCAGGCCUCACAUAUUUUUAUUUUUCCAUUGCCAUUUGUUCUUGGUCAAUGCAGCUCUUGAAUGUACCUCGCCAGCGUGCAGAGAGACCGCCGUGCCCCGGUGCUAUUUCGGAGGUACCGUGUUUUUUUCCGUUUUUCUAUUCAUAGGAAAGCAAAGGAGGGACAUUACCGCACCAGGGUGAUAUGUUGCUUUGUCUAAAUCUACCUGUCAAGAAAGAAAGAA